GCAAUGAAGCAGUGUCAAGGUUGACAUUUGACGUUUCUAUUUGAAACUAUUUUCAUUUUGCUUUUACAUUUUCUUUGCCAAUUGUCAGAAGUUUUUCUCUACUGCCGUCAGGCAUUACGUUAACUAUUCUGUGCACGCUAAAAAUUGACAACGACCAAGUGAAAUAAAAGAAAAAACGAAAAAUUUUCGAAAAUGCAGCCUGUAAAAGUGAUAUUUUCGAACGUUGCACGCCGUGCUUUCUCAACGUCACCCAAAACCCUUGCGGCGAAGCAGAUUACCGUACGUGAAGCUUUAAACACCGCCUUGGAUGAAGAGAUGGCACGCGACGACCGUGUAUUUCUAAUGGGUGAAGAGGUGGCUCAAUACGAUGGUGCUUAUAAGGUGUCUCGAGGCCUUUGGAAGAAAUAUGGUGAUCACCGCGUAGUAGACACACCUAUUACAGAAAUGGGUUUUGCCGGUAUUGCUGUAGGAGCUGCUAUGGCUGGAUUACGACCAAUUUGCGAAUUCAUGACCUUUAACUUUUCCAUGCAAGCUAUUGAUCAUGUAAUAAACUCCGCAGCAAAAACAUUUUACAUGUCUGCCGGUAUGGUCAACGUGCCGAUAGUUUUUCGUGGUCCUAACGGUGCUGCUGCUGGUGUGGCAGCUCAACAUUCCCAAUGUUUUGCUGCCUGGUACGCACACUGUCCCGGUUUGAAGGUUAUAUCACCUUACGACAGUGAGGAUGCACGUGGCUUACUUAAAGCUGCCAUUCGCGAUCCUGAUCCAGUGGUUUUCCUAGAAAAUGAAAUGCUGUACGGUGUUGCUUACCCAGUGGAGGAUAAGGUAUUGGACAAAGACUUUGUGUUGCCUAUUGGUAAGGCUAAAAUUAUGAAGCCUGGCAAUCAUAUAACCUUGGUGGCGCACUCAAGAGCUGUUGAAACCACAUUAGCCGCUGCUGCCGAACUGGCUAAAAAGGGUAUUGAAGCUGAGGUUAUCAACUUGCGUUCAAUCCGUCCAUUAGAUAUGGACACGAUUUGCAAGUCCGUCAAGAAGACACAUCAUCUUGUGACAGUGGAACAAGGCUGGCCACAACAUGGCGUUGGCGCCGAAAUUUGUGCCCGCAUAAUGGAGGACGAAACCUUCUUCCACUUAGAUGCACCCGUGUGGCGUGUGUGCGGCGUUGAUGUGCCUAUGCCUUAUGCAAAGACGUUGGAAGCAAAUGCCUUGCCACAAGCGCAAAACGUCGUGGAAGCUGUCACCAAAAUUAUUGGACCCAAAAAGUAGAAAAUGACUCACUUUAGAACAAUUCAAUUAGACAGAUCGAACGAUCAUUCACAAACAACAUCACCCACAACUUAUUUGUUUCUAAUGAAAAGACAUGCUGAUAUUUUGAUGAGCCGCCGCAAAUUCACAGUUUCGCGUAAAACCACAACACAUUACACUAACACUUGAUAGCAUUAUAAUAAGUCAAAAGUCUUUUAUUGCAUAUUUUUACCGCUCAGUUAAAUUGAAGCUGCUCAGAGUAGUUGCAUAUUAAAUAUUCAGAAAAUUUGGAACUCGGCGAUUUGUCUCAAAUUGAAAGCAUAUUUCAUUAAUUGGUAGGCACACUUCAUUGGGAGGCUAAUCCAUUAACAAACAACGUUGUGCUAUAUACCUGCCAUAUGUAUACAUUUAAAGUAUGAGCAAAGUACGUGGGUGAGCACGCACGUAAUUUGUGAUUAUUAAUAAAACAAUUUUUAGUUAAAAACAAAAAUUAAAGCAAUUAUCGAUUCUCAUAAGGUAAAAGGUCAGCAAAUCGAAUUUCAAAUAAAACCUAUUAUGAAUACUAAA